CCCUGACACCGGUUAUACGAAUCGGUGUUGUUUGUUGGUACUUUCGUAUUUGCACGUUUUGUUCUUCGAUUGAUGCCAAAAUCGGUGACAAAAAAGAGAAAACAUUGAAUGUUGACGCAAAUAUUCUCCCAGUUUUGUUGGCGAUCUUUGACAAGACCUUCUCAGCUUCGAUCCAUCAUGACUUCCAGCGCUAAACUUCGAUUUCUUCGCCAAGAAGAAGCCCAAAACAUCGACCAGGAAUUAUUCACUACAUACGGAUUCAGUGUUGACCAGUUGAUGGAAUUGGCCGGUUACAGCUGUGCCUUAGCCGCCGGCCGGAGUUACCCUUCACUCUUGAAAGGAGCUUCGGUCCUCAUUUGUUGCGGUCCUGGAAACAACGGAGGAGAUGGCUUGGUCUGUGCCAGACACCUGAAGAUGUUCGGCAGCGAACCGACCAUAUUCUACCCCAAGUGUCCCGAUAAACCCCUCUUUAAAAAUCUGCGGCUCCAAUGUGAGAAAAUGAAUCUACAGUUCUUGGACAGUUUCCCCACCGAUCAACGGGACAUCGAUGGCAAAUACGGUUUGAUAAUCGAUGCCAUAUUUGGUUUUAGUUUCAAAGGUCCGGUCCGUGGGACAUUCGCUCCGGUUUUGGACUUGCUUAAGAGAGUCAGCUGCCCCAUACUGAGCGUGGACGUGCCGUCGGGGUGGGAUGUGGAGACAGGCGCUGAAGAUGGGCUCCAGCCCGAUACCCUCGUCUCUUUGACGGCACCGAAAUUGUGUGCCAAACACUUCCGAGGUCGAACCCAUUACUUAGGGGGCAGGUUUGUCCCACAAGAUCUUGAACGAAAAUACGAUCUCAAUCUGCCAAUGUUUCCAGGCACCGAUUGUAUCCUUGAAUUGACUUCCACAUAGAAAAAUUAAUUUGCAGGAUUAUUAUUAUUAUUAUUCCUUUUGCGUUUCAUGUUUUUAUGUUCUGUAGGGCCAGUUUCAAAUUUGGGCCUGAGGUGCUACGAGCAAAGUGUCCCCUGAUUGGCAACAUUCCCCGUUGUAUGUGGAACUGUUGUCAGUACAACUUUCUUACGGCAUUCAGUUACGUUCUGAGUUCAAAUCCCGCCAAGGUCAACUUCGCCUGACAUCCUUCCGGGGUCGAUAAAUUAAAGCAUCAGUAAAGUACUGAGACUCUGCUAUCGACUAACUUUCACCCCUCAAAACUGCUUUGUACCUAUAUUAAAGAGAACUUUUAUAAAAUUAUUAUUAAUUACUUGAAAGAUUUUUUUUUUCUUUUCUGAUUGUCUUGAAAAUAAUUGAUUUAAUUUUUGAUAUUAUCCCAUCAAUAAAAACAACCAAUUUCUUAUGAAUA